AACGCACGCAAAAGAGAGCGAGGAAAGGAACGGAGGUAAGCGCGCACUCGAGCUGUAAGAAGCAUUUUUUUUCUGGGACGCGCACAGACAGACAGCGCUGCUGGUGAGGCAACAGACAGAGGAGAGCAGGAGAGGAGGAGGACACAGAGCACAGGCACACAGAGACAAAGUUCUCCUGCGUCGAGAUGAAGUAUGAUGCCAACAAAUAUCUGCGUUCCAAUUUAAUUAAAGUGUUGGAUCAUAAAGGGAACGAGUGCGCUCAUGGAUAUCGGUGUGGCAGGAGCGCUUUAGUGCAGAGGAAAUGAGAUAUCCAGUCAUGAUUUGGGUCGCGUUUUUACCCUUUUUGGUUUCGUGCGCUUUCGGGAACAGGACCAUAGAGCAGGUGCCGUUCUUUCACGGGCAUGUAUUUGAGAACUCGUCUCCGGGAUCCCGGGUCAACGGACUGAGCGUCCCGUUAAAGCGGCUCAACUCGCAGAGGUUGUGCGGUACCGGGGAAACCGGCUCAGCAGCAGCGCACUUUAAACUCCUGGGAGACGGGAGCCAGAAUUUCCGUGUCUUUGCGCAUCACAAACGGGGACAUAUUUUACUGAAGACUUCUGGGGUUCUGGACCGGGAGGAGCGGGCUGAAUACGCACUGGGUCUUGGUUUGUGUUGCGGGCAAUGCGCGGGACUCUCCCGGGAAGAAGAAGAGGAGUCUCCGGUAGUCGCUGAGAUGGCGUCCAUCAAGGUGGACGUCCUGGACACCAACGACCACCAGCCCACCUUCCCCGAUGUCAAUGUGAAACUGAGACUGGAUGAUGCCACUGCGCUCCGCACGACGAUCUACACGGUCACCGCGCGGGACGAUGACAGCGGCAAGAACGCGGAGCUCAUCUACUUCGCCCUGCCCAAAAAUGGGAGUUUCUACGCGGUGCCCAAAACUGGAGACAUCCUCCUGGUGGACUCUAUCCUCGGUCUGGAUGAACCAAUUAAGUUUAAAGUGUUUGCCCGGGACCGCGGGUGGCCACCUCGCACGAGCCAGAGCAUAGCUGUUGAGAUCAAUCCACGGCAAUGGCCCGUGGCGCCCUCACUGAAUCCCCAACCGGGGAAACGGAAACCUAAAUCGCAAGUUAAAGUACCGGCGCGAAAGUCCAGGUCAGUACUGGAAUCAGACAGUCCCGUUUUCAUCAACGUGUCCGAGGAUGCAGGGAUCGGUUCAGUGGUGAUGAACCUGAACCCGGUGAGGUUUCAGUCGGCAGCGUUUGAGCUGGUGGAACCCGACGUGGAGAGCUCACCGGUCAGCGUGAGCCGGGACAGCGGGGAUAUAGUCAUAUCACGGAGACUGGACCGGGAGACUGAGCCUCUGGUAGAGAUCUCCGUCAAAGUUCAGGAUAAAAGAGGUCCAGAGUGGUACUUGGUCAGAGUGGAGUUGACUGUGACAGAUGUAAAUGACAAUGUCCCAGAAUGGAGCAUGGUUCCUGCUCCCUACCUCGCUGUUGUUUCCCCUGAUGCCCCUGCAGGCUCGCUGGUCUACAAGCUCUAUGCGCAAGAUGGGGAUGAAGGCAACAACGGCGAAGUGGAGUACUUCCUGUCUGAUGGUGGUGAUGGUCGUUUUGAAGUGGACAGGAAAAGCGGCCAGGUACGAACUACAGGCCUUCCCCUGCAGCGGGACAGGGAGUACCUGCUGACAGUAGUGGCUGCUGACCGGCUGAGCAGCCGCAGCGCCCCUGCUGUUGUCUCUGUGGUUGCUGGAGCCCGGCCGCCACAGUUCACCAAUGCUUCCUUCAACAUUGCCAUACCGGAAAACACCCCUGAAGGACAGCCAUUCCUGGUCACACCUGCUGUGUCCUUCCAGAAAAAAACUAUCAGCUACAGCCUCCUCAUCAAUCCCAGCAGUCUCUUCUCCAUCUCAGCAGAGACUGGUGAAAUCAGCCUGACCCGUCCUAUUGACUAUGAGAGCGACCAGCAUCGCUACUUGCUAUUGGUGCGAGCCAGCGAAGGCCUGGACAGCAUGAGCAGUGCAGCGGAGGUGCGAGUUGUUAUUGUUGAUGAAAAUGACUGCGUUCCAGAGUUCCUCCAGUCUAUUUACAGCAAGGAUGGUGUACCAGAAACUGUGACAACUGCAACCUCCCUGCUGCAAGUGUCAGCCAAUGACUGCGACUCAGAGGAGAAUGCAGAGCUGACCUAUUACACCCUGAGUCCAGACUUCACCAUUUCGCCUCAUGGGACCAUUUUCCCUGCGGGUCCUCUGGACUACGAGAGGCCCAACCACCUGUACGAGUUUGUAGUGAUGGCAAUUGACAAGGGGGAGGUCCCUCGCACUGGCACAACUACAGUACGGAUUCGAAUGGCUAACAUCAACGAUGAGGCACCUGAGUUCUCCCAACACAUAUAUCGGACGUUCGUCUCUGAGGACGCGGGCCCCAACACACUUGUUGCCACUGUGCUGGCAAAGGACCCUGAUGGGGACGGGAUCACGUAUAAGAUCACCACAGGAAACGAGGAUGGCAACUUUGUCAUUGACAGCCAAAAAGGUUUGAUCCGUCUGCGCUCCAGCCCGCCCCCUCUGCUCCAGGGUGUUGAAUAUGUCCUCAACGUUACAGCAACGGAUGACAACGCCUCAGGCGGACCUCAGGCCUUGUCAUCCACAGCCCAGGUCCUAGUGGGAGUGGACGACGUGAAUAACAACAAGCCUGUCUUUGAGAAGUGUCAGCAGUACCGAGAGAGCACGUCGGUCCUGGAGAACCAGCCGGCGGGGACGUUCGUUCUGCAGGUUCAUGCUGUGGAUGCUGACGAGGGCUCCAACGGCAGGGUCACAUACGGCUUCAUGCACAAAGACUCCACUGUGCCCGCAUUCAGUAUACACCCAGACACUGGAGUAAUUGUGACAGCCAGGAAAUUUGACCGCGAACGCCAACGGGAGUAUGCAGUGACAGUGACUGCCACUGACCAGGCAGCUGACCCACUGAUUGGCAUUUGUCAGCUCAACAUCCUCAUCCUGGACCAGAAUGACAACAGUCCCAAGUUUGAGAACAUCCGAUAUGAGUACUUCCUCCGUGAGGAUACAAUGAUCGGGACUAGUUUCUUGCGGGUGGCAGCUCAUGACGAUGACUUUGGCACCAAUGCAGCCAUCACAUACUCUAUGUCCAGUGAACAGCCGGAGUACCUCAGGGUCAAUCCCCUGACAGGCUGGGUGUAUGUGAACCAACCCAUUUCUCAGAGGACCUUCAUCACCAGGGAAAUUGUGGCUACAGACGGGGGGAACAGGACCAGUUCAGUGGAGCUGACCGUCACCAUCACCAACGUGAAGAACCAGCCUCCACAGUGGGAGAAAGACAGCUACAGCGUGGUCAUACCAGAAAACACUGUCCGAGACACACCCAUUGUGACCAUCAAAGCCACCUCCCCUCUUGGGGAUCCCAGGGUAACUUACAACUUGGAGGAUGGCAUGGUCCCAGAGACCAACAUGCCAGUUCGCUUCUACUUAACCCCCAACCGAGAGGAUGGUUCAGCCUCCAUCCUGGUGGCAGAGCCCCUGGACUAUGAGACCACCAGGAACUUCAUGCUGCGGAUUCGAGCUCAGAAUGUCGCUGCUGUACCAUUGGCAGCCUUCACCACAGUCUAUGUCAAUGUCACAGAUGUAAAUGACAACGUCCCAUUUUUCACUUCCUCCAUCUACGAGGCCUCGGUCACUGAAGGGGCAGAAUCAGGAACUUUGGUUUUCCAGGUUUCAGCCAAUGACCUCGACUUGGGUCUCAAUGGCAAGAUCUCCUACUCGCUGCUGGAGGAUAGCAGUGGGGACCACCAGUAUUUCCGUAUUGACCCAGUGGUGGGAUUCAUCUACACACAGACUGUGUUUGACCGCGAGACCAAAAGCUCCUACCUGUUGGAGGUUCAGUCUGUGGAUGGAUGGGAGUCAGCACGGCCCGGCAAACAUGGACAGCCCAACUCUGACACAGCAUAUGUUCGCGUUUUUAUCAGUGACGUAAACGAUAACAAGCCAGCGUUUGCACAGGCAUCCUAUGAAGUUGAUGUGGAUGAGGAUGCUGAUGUUGGCUUUGCCAUACUCACUGUCAGUGCCAACGAUGGGGACGAAGGUGGAAACGCUAAGCUGCGCUACCAGAUCACAUCAGGGAACACGGGAGGGGUGUUUGAUGUGGAACCAGAGGUGGGCACUAUCUUUAUCGCCCAGCCUCUGGACUAUGAACAGAACAAAAGGUACAAGCUUCAUGUCCUGGCUUCAGAUGGAAAGUGGGAGGAUUACACAACAGUGACGGUAAACGUGGUUAACAAGAAUGAUGAGGCUCCAGUGUUUACCGUUAAUGAGUACUACGGCAGCGUAACAGAGGAGCUGGAUGGCUCACCAGUGUUUGUGUUGCAGGUAACAGCGUCUGACCCAGAUAAGGAUGCCGACCAGGAGGCCCUGCGUUACUCUCUCCAUGGCCAGGGUGCAGAGAGUGAAUUUAUAAUUGAUGAGGUCACAGGCAAGAUCUACGCCCAGCGGACCCUGGACCGUGAGGAGCGUGCCGUGUGGCGUUUCGUCGUCUUGGCCACAGAUGAGGGUGGCGAAGGUCUGACUGGCUUCACCGAUGUCAUCAUCAAUGUGUGGGACAUCAAUGACAAUGCGCCCGUAUUCACCUGUGCCCCCAGCUGCCACGGAGACGUGGCGGAGAACUCUGUAGUGGGGACGUCUGUGAUGGAGAUGACAGCCACCGACCUGGACGACUCAGCUGUCGGGCAGAACGCUGUGCUCUCUUACAGGAUUAUGGGUAGUUUAGACGCCACUAACAUCGAGGUGGGAGGAGUGCCUACUUUCUCAGAAAUGUUCACUAUCAACCCCACCACAGGUACCAUUGCUGUAGCCAUUGGGGGUCUGGACAGAGAGCAGGUUGAGACCUACCUCCUUGUCGUGGAGGCCAGAGAUGGGGGAGGGAUGACAGGAACUGGAACUGCAACCAUUAAAAUCAAAGAUGUGAACGACCAUGCUCCAAGAUUCACUGACCACUCCUGCCUGGCAAGGAUCUCUGAGAAUGCAGAGCCCAAUGCAGAGGUCCUGGAGCUUGCUGCAGAGGACAGAGACACUGGAGAAAAUGCCCAGCUGACCUUUAGUGUUGUGGCUGGAGACCAAGAGCAGAAGUUCUACAUGGUCAGUCACAAGCAGGAGCAGCAUGGCACCCUGAGGCUUAAGAAACGUCUGGACUAUGAACGACACAGCGAGCAGAGGUUCAACCUCACACUGAAGGUUGAAGACCUGGACUUCUCCAGCCUUCUGCACUGUGUGGUGGAGGUGGAGGACUAUAAUGACCAUGCUCCUGUCUUCAUUCCACACUUCCUGUCUCUUGCCCCACUACCUGAGGACAUCACUGUGGGAACCAGUGUGGCACGUUUGGUGGCCAGUGACUCUGAUUCAGGCCAGAACCGCGACAUCACCUAUAGCCUAUCAGAGGACUCAGAUCCUGAGGGGCUGUUCACCAUUGACCAGUCCGGUGUACUCUCUGUAGCCCGGCCUCUGGAUCGGGAGGGGAUUCCCCAGCAUCACUUGGUUAUCAUAGCAACCGAUCAUGGGGUUCCACCGCUAACAGGCAGUGCCACAGUCCAGCUGCCUCUGUUGGAUGUAAAUGAUAACGGACCAGAGUUUGAGGCAGCAUACUCCCCGAUAGUCUUUGAGAAUGUAGCCGGACCACAGGUAGUAAGGUUGAACCAAACGUCGACACUCCUCCGAGCUGUGGACCAUGACUCUCCAGAGAAUGGCCCGCCCUUCCACUUCACUGUCCCCUCCGAGUAUCGCCACAGCAAUGAUUUCUACCUCCAGGACAACCUAAAUGGCACGGCGACACUAACAGCCCUGAGGACAUUUGACCGCGAGCGCCAAAAGGAGUUCCUCAUUCCUAUCAUUAUGAGCGACAGUGGUCAUCCAGCCAAAACAGUGACCAGCACCCUGACAGUGACCAUCGGUGACCAAAAUGAUCACGCACAUGUGGCAGGGGAGAAGAAAAUUUUCAUCAAUAGUCACCGAGGCCGUAUGCCAACUACAGUGCUUGGAAAGGUCUACUCUCCUGACCCUGAUGACUGGGACAACAAGACAUACGUCUUUGAAGGACAUGUGCCAAGUUACUUUAUCCUGAACAAGCGAACAGGUUUCCUGAUCAUCAAGGAGAAUGCCCCACCCGGAACCUAUGAGUUCCAGGUCUGUGUGUCUGAUGGAGUUUGGCCAGAUGCCGUCUCUACUGUCACCGUGCACGUGAGAGAGCUGCGAGAUGAAGCCAUCUACAACUCAGGGUCUCUUCGCUUGACAGACAUCACAGCAAAGGAGUUCAUUGAACUGAGAGGGAAGCAGCGGAGCCGCUACGAGCUACUGGUGGACUUCCUGUCUGAGAUGCUCUCCGUUCCACCUGAUGAUGUCAACAUUUUUAGCCUAAUGGAUGUGAAGGAGCGAAUGCUGGAUGUUCGCUUUGCUGUGCAUGGUGGUCCCUCCUUCCUCCAGCCUGAGAAAUUACACGGUUAUUUAGCCGCCCACAAACAAAAGCUCCAAUCAUUCCUGCAGGUCAGCGUGUUCCAAGUUCGGGUAGACGAGUGUCCUAGUUCAGAGUGUGCCGGGGCCGGUGGCUGCACCAAUGUUUUGGAUGUGCGGGACACACCCACAGUGGUGGAUUGUGGGACUAUGAGUCUUGUGUCUGUGACAGUGGAAUCCACAGCUGUGUGCUCCUGCCCAGGUAGAGAGCAGUCCCACCAGCCCUGCACCGCAUAUCCCAGAAAUCCCUGCUUCAAUGGUGGCGUGUGUGUGGACACUCAGCAUGGCUACAGGUGCCAAUGCCCAGCUCAGUUUGAGGGGCCUGAGUGCCAGCAGAACAAGCACAGUUUCCAUGGCAACGGCUAUGCCUGGUUUCCUCCCAUGAUGCCUUGUUUCGAGAGCCACGUGUCGCUGGAGUUCAUCACGGACGUUGCUGAUGGACUGCUGCUGUACAGCGGCCCCGUAGCCCAGUUGCAGGCCUGGGACCACGAGGACUUCAUGGCCAUAGAGCUAAUAGAUGGGACCCCCACCUUGAAAAUCAACCAUGGCUCAGGCACAGUCGUGCUACAGUUGCCAGGCAACGUGAACGUGGCAGACAGGCGGUGGCAUCGGCUGGAUGUCCGCAGCAACAGCAAGGAAGUGCGUUUCACCCUGGAUCGCUGUUCAGGGGCAGCGGUAAUGGAAAUGGAGGGACUGGGCAGCUGGUUGACCACCGAGGACCACUCUUCCUGUGAAGUGACGGGCGUUACACCCAACAAUGACAGACACUUGAACAUGAGCCAUGUGCUCCAGCUCGGUGGUGUGAACGAGGACAUCCCCUACAUCUACCCUCAGCUUCAGCACAAACACUUCACUGGCUGCAUCCGCAACCUCAUUGUGGACAGCAAGCUGUAUGAUUUGGGCUCCCCGGCCGACUCGCAGUCCAGCUCUCCAGGCUGCCUGACCACCGACAGCAGCUGUGUCAACAUGGGCUUUCCGUCCUGCGGCCACCAGGGUCGCUGUCACGGCGAGUGGGGCUCCUUCAGCUGCCAGUGUGUGCCAGGAUACACAGGACACCAGUGUGAAGAGGAGGUCCCAGAGUAUUCCUUUGAUGGGCACAGUCACGUGCAUUACCAGUUGGCGUCUCCGUUACCGGCCCGGAGGACAUGGGUUCAAGUCCUGGUUCGAACCCGCAAACACAGCAGCACCAUCCUACAUCUGAUCUCAAAGGGGCAGAGUGAAUACCUACGAGUAGAGAUCUUCCAGGGCCUCCUCUCUGUUUUCUACAACCUUGGUGAUGGGGACUACAACCUAACCCUGCCCACCUAUCGCCUCGACAAUGGUGAAUGGCAUGAGGUCUUCCUAGAUCGACAUGACAAUGAGAUAACGCUGCGACUGGAUGGUGGCGGAGGGCAGCGGGAGGUCACAGGAUCGCGGGGCAGAAGCCGAGAAAUCAUCAUUGACCACACUGUGGUGAUGCUGGGAAACACCUUCCCCUCUGGAAUCAACAAGAGCUUCCAGGGGUGCAUGAGGGACAUACGCCUUAAUGGUCGCUACAUGCCACUGGACAGCAAGCCGCGAGAUGGGGUUUCUCAGGUCAGCAUACAAGGACUCUCCCUUGGGUGCUCGUCUGAUUCCUGCAAACGGAACCAAUGUAGCCCCCCCUUCACCUGUGUUGACUUGUGGAGAGUGCACGAAUGCAGAUGUCCUCCUGGCCACAUUAUCCGUGUGAAUGGGACCAGAAAGUCCUGUGUCUACACCCUCUGUGCUACGCGGCCUUGUCACCAGGGGACCUGCGUGGCCCAGUCACCCUCCAAAUUCACCUGCCACUGCCCAGAGGGUUACAGAGGACGCCACUGCGAGACAACACUGGCCAUCUACCGGGAGGACGUGGGCCUGAGCUUCAGCUCCCUCUUUGCCAUGUGUAUCUGCUUCAUGGCCUUACUAGUGCUGCUGUUGGGCAUUUUCCUCUACACGCGCUGGAGGAGCUACAAAGGGCUGAAGGAGGGCGUUUACCACGUCUCAGCCCACCACGACGGCUGGGAGGACAUCCGAGAAAACGUCCUCAACUAUGACGAGGAGGGAGGCGGGGAGGAGGACCAGAACGCCUACGACAUGGCGGAGCUGCAGAAGUCCCUCCAGCCGAGCCCGGCCCAGUCGGUCCAGUACUGCCGCUCCAGAGCCCUGCACCACCCUCCUCCUCCUCCCCACCACCACCACCACCACCACCACCUCCUCCACCAGGCGCCCCCCACCUCAGCCUCUGCACAGCCGCUGGACCCCCUCAGCCGGACAGCAAGCUCCACCACCCUGCCUCCCUCGGCAGCUUCCACCUCCUCUACCGCCACCACCACCACCAGCCUCCGUAGGGACGUCCCCCCCACCAGACUUCCAGCCCAGGGCCAGGCCCGCCCCUCUCAGCUGGCACGCCGCUCCCUGUCCUUCUCCAGCCAGGACCUGGCCCGCUACCUGUGUGAAAUUAUCCGCGACGCUGACCAGCAUCCAGACACGGGGCCUUUCGACUCCCUGCAAGUCUUCUCCACCGAGGGAGGGGGCUCGCCCGCCGGCUCCCUCAGCUCCUUCAGCUCUUCGGGGCUCGAUGGGGGGAGUGGCGGGGACGGGGUGGGGGAGGCGAGGAGGGAGGAGACGCUCGGGGAGUGGGGGCCUCGCUUUGAGAAGCUGCGGGCGCUGUACGAGCGAGCCGAGGCCAGCGACCUCUGAGCUCAGACACACACAGACCAAACUGAUAGGACCCUGAUAACGGGCCGCCCUGAAACAAUCAAUUAGCAGACGCUUACCGACCGAGGCGGGAAACCAGCGAGAGGCGGACUGACAGAGAGACUCACUCCACAACCCUCACUUGCUGACAGCAGACACAGAAGGUGUUGUAUUUAUUGGAUGAUGAGCUCCGUCAAUCAACAUGGUGGCCUAACAGACAGAUGAAAGUGUCCCUGUGAAAAGAGCCUGUCACUCUGCGCUCCCUCUACCUUGGAUGACAAUUUUGCAGGAGCAGAUGUUAUCAAACCUGCCAGUCAGGAUAAAGGCUUCAGAACGUUGCUCUCUACCCGGGCUACUCAUCAUGAUGGAGCUUAGCUUCACUGUUGGAAAAAUCGGUUUCAGUCACAGCCUGUAAAACCCGAAAUUUCCUCUAUUUUCUAACAAUCGUGAGUGUCAGCCGAAGGCCUAAAAUGUGAAAUGAAAAUGUUUUGGCUAGGGGUUUUUUUUAUACCUGAGCAAAUCAAUGCCACAUAAAAUGUAUUUUUUAGCACCUUGCUGCUGAAUUCAAUCUUUGUAAAUAAACAAAGGACUCUUACAUAUAUCCCACACUGUGCUGUUACCUGAUAAGACAGUGAAGAUGAGUGGGAUCAUACUGAGUAGCCCAUAUAAUACAGAGUCUGGAUUUUCAGUAUAUAGUGGACACAUUGUGUUCUUGCUGCCUGGCUGUACACAGCUUCUGUCAAUGUUUGUUUGAGAAAAAAAGUGCUUCGACCGUCACUGGGCUGCAGUGUGAGAUUUUUUUUUUUUUUUUCUGGUAAUGUGACUUUCGCUGGGUUGAGUAAUUCUGUAUUGGUUGGGUGUUUCAAGUUUCAACACUCCGUGGGUUGUAAGACAUCAAGCUUUCUACUUACUACUGCGCCCUCGUCUUGUGAUUUCCUAUUCUCAUUUGCGCUCCUCCGCCGCGCCUUCCUCCUCACCCAAGGGAGGGUGCACAAAAAUUCAAACAGCUUUGUAACAAAGAAAUGGGAGCGGACGUGCGGACUGCGGGAAGGAGGAAAUACUUGCUCUUUGCUGCGUACGCUCUUCCUCAGGCAUACCAAAUGUGGCGUCUGUGAAAGACUGCUUUAACAGACGAUUGCUCGGUAGAAUACAAACGAUGUCAAACAGCUUUCCAAGGUGACUGCUCAACAAAUACAAACGGAAAGAGGAGGAGGAAGAUGAAGGAGAUUUAUGAUUAUUCAUAUAUAUAUUGUUCUGAGCUGUGAUAUCUGUGCCAUACACAAUUCACACACACAUUUAUCUAUUGUCCCUUGCUAAAUUACUGCAUAUACUCUUGGCUGAAACAGUGUGAUUGUGGGAAAAUUGACUGAUUUUGGACUGAAAAUUGCAAGGAAAUAAUAAGGCUGCAGUUAUUAUCCUAGCUGUGAAUUGUCAGCACUGUGGCAAGCGUUCCUCUUAUUUGGCUUUCUAGUCACAUCAGAUUGAUGGAUCCCUUUUCCCCUCUCAACCCUAGAGAAAAAAAAAAAAAAAAAACAUCUGCUGUUGUGGAACCAGUGAGAAUAAUUUGUCGAAAAAGAACGAAAAGGCAAAGAACAAUAGAAAAGCAGAGAAGGGGAAGAGGAGUGCAGAGUCUGAAAAGGGCCUGCUCUUACCGUUGAUAAGAGAGAUUAUUACAGGGUAGAGGGUUGAAUCAGAGAGCAAAUGAGGAGGGGAGGCAGAGAGGAACCAUCUUAUCAAGUGCUUGCCUCUGUGGCGAAGUGUGCCACCAUCGAGCUCAGUAGCUCCGCAGGGAGCUGUAGAGAGGGGGGGGGGAUGCUGGGAGCAAUGGCUUUCUGCAGAAACGGUAUCUUGCACAGCGAAUGGCAUAAAUACAAAAGUCGCAUGUCCUCACCCCACCCCUCCUCCCUUUCUCUGCAGUCCUCCAAAAAGCCAACCCUGACUUCACCUGGCAUUUCAGGCGGUGUAUUCUGCUGUAGCAGCAGCGCUCUCACCGUGCUCUUUUUAUCCGUCUCUACGCUGGCAGAGCCGAGCCUGUCGGCUGAGAGCAGUUAAAGGGUAGGAGUGUGUGAAAACACGUCAGGCCACUAAUCCUAAUAGGAGCUGAUGGCUUGCUGUCAUGCUGGAAAAAACCAAAGGAUUGUGGGUACUUUCAAAAAAAAAAAAAAAAAAAAAAAAAAAAAAAAAAGACGACAGAGGAGUCAAUUCCCAAAUUGCGGCUUUCCAGAAACAUGCUAUUUUCUGAAAAGCAGAGGCAACAAUGCGGCUUUUAAAAAUAAGAGACUUGGCGGUCAGGUGAGGGUGCAGUACGCUGUGGGAAAAGUAAGACACACAGGCUUUUUCUUUUUUUUUAUAGACAGUGGGGAUUUUCUAGAGAGGGAUGCUUAUUUUCUUAUUCCUCUGUAGAGAGCGGCCGAGCCGGAGCCACGCAGAGUGGUGAGGUGCGUUUCAUGCCUCGCUUCUCUCUCUGCAGCUGUAAGGCGCAGCAGCUCACUUCCCACCACCAUUCAUUUGUACCAUAUAACAGCUUCUUAAAUGUUGUGUUCUGGGUACAGACAUGUUGUGAACAAAGUUAUUGUUUUUACCUCAUUUGUAAAUACAGAGAUCGAUUAAUUACAAUUAUUGCUUUUUGUCAAGAAAAGCACCAUAGGUUUAAAAUGUACAGCUUCUGAGAAAAAAAAUCAAACCGAACAUAUCUUUUUUUUAUCAUCAUGAUUGUGAUGCGCUUUGGACAGUCAUGUAAGUGUUUUGUAUUUGCUUUGAUCUUUUUUUCUCAAUAAAUUCAUUUCUUUGCA